AUGCACGUGGACCGCCAGGAGACGCACGUGAUCUCGGCUAUCCUUGAGGUGCAGCAUCUUCUUAUGAAGGACCAAGAUCCAAAGACAUCCUGGCCGUUGCGGAUCUUCGAUCACUCUAGCAGUGAGCACCUUAUCCCGAACAAGCCGGGCCAGAUGAUCCUCUACGAGUCUUCCACCUGCCCCCACGGACGACCAGAUCCUUUCCUUGGACGUGAGAUGGCAAACGUGUUCGUUCACUUCAAGCCCCGCGGCUGGCCCAAAGUGGACGGCCUGCGGAUGCGGUCAAGUGAGGAAUGUGCCAGCGCGCUGAACGGCGACAGAGCAUCUUGCACGACCUA